UCAAGCUCGGGAUGCGCUCCAUUCCCAUCGCCACUGCGUGCACUAUUUACCAUAAAUUCUUCUGUGAGAUCAACCUGGAUGCUUACGACCCAUACCUUGUCGCCAUGUCUUCCAUUUAUCUAGCUGGCAAAGUGGAGGAGCAACACCUACGGACCCGAGACAUCAUCAAUGUGUCCAACAGGUACUUUAACCCCGGUAGCGAGCCCCUGGAGCUGGACUCACGCUUCUGGGAGCUUCGGGACAGCAUCGUGCAAUGCGAGCUCCUUGUGCUUCGAGUCCUGCGCUUCCAGGUGUCCUUUCAGCACCCCCACAAGUACCUGCUCCACUACCUGGUUUCCCUCAAAAACUGGCUGAACCGUUACAGCUGGCAGCGGACUCCCGUCUCUGUCACAGCCUGGGCUCUGCUGCGGGACAGCUACCAUGGUGGGCUCUGUCUCCGUUUCCGGGCGCAGCACCUGGCUGUGGCUGUGCUCUACCUGGCCCUGCAGGUCUAUGGAGUUGAGGUGCCUGCCGAGGCUGAGGCUGAGAAGCCAUGGUGGCAGGUGUUUAGUGACGACCUUACCAAGCCAAUCAUUGAUAAUAUUGUGUCUGAUCUCAUUCAGAUUUAUUCCAUGGACACAGAGAUCCCCUAAGGCCCUGGCCCAGGCCUGCCCAAAGAGAAGCCCAGGAUGGCCAGCUGCCUGGGGACGGUGGCACCACGUCGCUGUGACGGCCGGUCCCCAGAGGACCAGCUGCUGGAGGCGGGCUAGUGAAGGCGAUGACACGCUGCCGCUCUGACUGUCCCCAGCAGCCACGGUCCCCGUGUGCUGCUGCCUGGGUGGCGUUUCUGCUUUUGUCCUUUGAGAGGACUCUGGCUGCACUUGAGGCAUGAUGUUGCUGGGAGGGCAGUCGCAGGGACAGAUGGGACUGCACCUGAGGGAUUUUUUUAAAAGUCAGAUUUCUAGAAUGAAUGAUGUGUGAUAGAGAUGGAAUUUUAUUUUGUAUAAUAAAAGCUGAUGCAAAUCGACAGAGCCCCUUUGUCUUAGCUCCGAAACCCAUGCUGCCCUUUGAGACUCUCAGAAUGACCUCACUCCUGGUUACAGUGCCCGGUGGUUGGUCACGGGCACCCAGGAAGGCCGGUGGGGUCCCAGGGCAGCCGAAGUCCUGAGUGGAGUCCAGAUGGACACCAAGGUGUGGUGCCCCGUGUGCCAUGCAGGCCCCUUCUUCCGUAAGGCCAGCUCUCGGGCGUGUAGGAUGGCAGCCCGGUGUGAGCUCCGUGCACACCCAGCACGCGCUGACACUUCCCACUACCCCCACACGGUCCCCUUUCCACUGUGUCACCUCCACUUCCAUCUGGCACACCCGGAGCUCCUAGAGGCUGGGGAGAGAGACCCAGAGCUGGGCGCCCCUGGUGGGCAGGGCUCUGGGGUGGCCCUGUCCUGCUGCCGCCUGUGCCUUCUGCCCCUUUGGACGGACCUUGGCAGCAGUUCCUGGGGUCCUGUCAGGCCUGUGACUGAUACUCGAUGUGACUUCAUUGGGGCCACCAAGCAUGACGCUCUCAGCCCUCAGAAAACCUGGCAGCUGGGAAGGGCUCACUCUUUUCUGCCACUGUUCCCUCUGUGUCCCUCCCCAGCCCCUCCCCAGGACAUAGCAAGGGGAGGAAUUGGGGUGAGCAUGCUUGUCCUGACGGAGAGUGCCCCACAGCCCCGGAAAACUUGACAUUUCCUUUUAUGGCAUCGAGUGUGAGGUCAUUUCCUCUCUUGGGACUCACUUCCCACUUUGCAGAUUGAGCAGUUUGCACCGAUAAAUAAAAUAGCAGUUUGUUUUUUUAAACUCCCUCCCCUGCCUCCGCUGUCACGCUGCCUGCCGUGGGGACUCGCUGGCUCUGCUCAGUGUUACUUGUGUGCUGGCCGCUGGGCCUGUCAGGUCAGGCUUGUCUCCUGGCCUGUCUGUGGUUUUCCUGAUACGACAGCCAGCCCGUGUCAAUCAGGGCCCAAGGGCUGUGGAACACCGAGCGUGUUCUAUGUGCUGUGAAAUUCAAGUCACUGUUUACAGGGUUGGGGUUCCGUUUGGCUUUUACUUUAUUUUGUUGUGUUCGUUUUUGCUUUUUGUUUUUG